AUGGAAACUCCUUCGUCAGAGCUGCUGCCGCCGCAACCUGGUGUCGAUCUCUCCCUCACCUUGGCUCAGUCUUCGACCAGCGGCGCUGACAGUGGCAGUGGCAGUGGCCAUGACCGUGACGCAAGGGACGUCAGGCUCUUCCCUUGCCUCUUCUGCAACAAGAAGUUCCUCAAGUCCCAGGCUCUUGGCGGCCACCAGAACGCCCACAAGAAGGAGCGAAGCGUGGGGUGGAGCUCCCACCUCUACCUCCCACCCCCCGCCACCGUCGCCGUCCCUCCUCACCACCUUAACCCCUAUUCCUUCCCCAUCGCCUCCCACUCGUGCAAGCCUGCUGCCUGCACCAGCCACGGCCUGUCUGACGGCUAUGGUGCCCCCCGCUUGGUGGCCGACCGCGGUGGCCUCGCGUUCCCACCGCCGCCGAUGAGCUGCUCCGCCUGGUGCAACGAGACCAUCGACCUCCUGAAUUGGCAGCGGGCUUCCCACCCCCACCGGCCAUCAUCACCACACCUCCCUUCUCCUCCUCCUCCUACUCCUCCCGUUUCAUCCCAUGGUGACGACAAGGCCAUGCUCGAUCUCUCCCUAAAGCUCUAA